AUGCCUCUCAUUAUACUAACAGGCUAUCCCUCAAGUGGAAAGACACAGCGCGCUGCAGAGAUUAACAAAUAUCUGCUCGACAGACUUGAGGCUGAAAAUAAAUCACUCAAGAUCCAUUGGAUCAAUGACGAAUCGCUUAAUGUCCACCGAGAUGCCUACAAGGAUGCUCGCGAAGAAAAAAAGGCGAGAGGAGCAAUGAUGUCAGCCGUCGAACGAUUACUUUCUAAGGAUGCGAUUGUGAUUGCAGACGGACUUAAUUACAUCAAGGGCUUUAGGUAUCAAUUGUAUUGUGUAGCCCGUGCAAUUAGUACACCUCACUGUGUGGUUCACACUGGAGCACCUGUUCAGUUAGCAAGAGAGUGGAACGCAACCCGAACCGACGGAUAUGAACCCAUUGUAUUUGAUGAACUGGUUACACGCUAUGAAGAACCAGAAGCACGAAAUAGAUGGGAUUCUCCCUUGUUUACCGUGAUCUAUGAUGACAAGGAGAUACCCGGAGACAAGAUCUGGGAUGCGGUUAUUUUGCGAAAGCCACCGCCGCCUAACCUUUCCACUGUCACUAAACCCGUAUCGGAUACAAACUAUGUUUAUGAGCUCGACAAGGCAACACUAGAGAUUAUCAAUGCGGUCAUUGAAGGGCAAAAGGAAUUUGGGCCGGGUGGCAUGCCCAUGACUGUCCCAAGAUCUUCUGAAAAGGUUGUCAAUCCUUCCAGAACUGUCACUCUGUCAGAGCUCAGACGAUUGAGAAAGCAAUUUGUGUCGCUCAAUCGUGUACGGACUUCGCUUGAUGUGAACAGAAUUGGUGACAUGUUUGCCGACUACCUCAACACCAACUUGGCUUAA